GACGGAGUCCAGCUUGAAAACAUGGCGUCGGCAGCAGGGGCUAGCGACGAUUUGAAAAGAGAGCUUUCUUGUGCCAUUUGUCUGGAGUUCUUCAAAGACCCAGUCAUAUUGAAAUGCGGACACAAUUUCUGUCGCUUUUGUAUCUGUAUGCACUGGGAUGAAAAUGGCGGAGACUACGGUUAUCAGUGUCCUCAAUGCCGGACGGUUUUCAACAAGAGAGCUUUCACUAAAAACUACCUGGUGAAGAAUCUAGUGGACAAACUGGACAAUCUGGAGUCUCUGGCGCCAUGUCCUCCAACUUCUAAGCCCCUUAAAGUGGAGGGAAAGUGUGAGCAACACGGUGAAGAGCUGAAACUCUACUGCCAAAGUGACAAAAUGCUCAUCUGUGUAGUCUGCAGGGAAUCCAGAGCUCACAGACACCACGAUGUGGCACCAGUCCCAGAGGUCGUAAAUGACAUGAAGAUGCAGUUGAAAUUGAGGCUGAGGGAUCUCAACUGGGAUAAGUCGCAGUGCGUCAAAGUUAGGACGGCAGAUGAGAGUACUAAAAGUGAAGUGCGGUUAAAGAAACAAAGACUGAAGGAGAAGAUCGAAGCAGACGUCGGAGCCUUGGUCCAGUUCUUGCUAGAUGAGAGAGACUCCCUGCUUGAGAGCUUGGAUGCAGAGGAAGUGGCUGCCAUGGCCGUCAUAGAUGACAACGUGGAAAUCGUCGAGACAGAAGAGGCAGCUGUGGACAAAGCUAUGUCUGAUAUUCACAGCUGUAUUUUUGGGAUAACUAGCUUCGAGCACCUUGCUGAAACAUACAAUGAAGCAAUACACUGCAAGCAUUUCACCACCCUUGAGCCAGUUUGUUGUCCAGAUGAUUUUACAGACUUCUCAGGGCCUUUCCAGCUCAUCAUGUGGAAGAAGAUGAUGCACGUGCUGCACACCAUGCCUCAGAAUCUCACCUUGGACCCAGACACCGCUCACCUAAACCUUUUUAUCUCAGACUUUGAUACCAAAGUGGAGGAGGGCCGCAUUCGCAUCCAGGAGCCGGACCUGCCUGGCCGUUUCAAUCGGUUUUGCGGUGUCCUUGCCACAGCCCAGUAUGCCAGUGGUCAGCACUACUGGGAAGUGGACGUCAGGGACAAAGGUGUGUGGUACCUAGGUGUGACCACUGAAUGCAGCAACAGGAAGGGCUUUGUCAAUCUCACUCCCUCCUCAGGAUACUGGAGCCUGUGCCUGCAGGACCGGCUGUAUGCCAACGUGGAAGACGGGCGCAUGCCUGUCGCCGACUACUGGAACUCCCCUCGAGUCGGUGUGUACUUAGAUUACGACAACGGUCGUCUCAGUUUCUAUGACGCAGUAACCAUGAAGAGAUUGUUCAUGUUCGACACAUGCUUUGAGGAACCCGUCUACCCUUUCUUCAGCCCAGGAAAGAAUGACCCAGGCAGCAGGAUACAGAUAUGCCACUAUUACUAACAGAGCUAAAAUGAGUAGUUCCACUGAAUGUUUAAAGAAUCUUCUCACAUUUUCAUGUUUGACUUCUGUAAUGGUAAUUUCUUAUUUCUAGGCUAGAGUG